AUGGUAAUUGUCAAUUUAAUGUUACUUAUUCCAAAUGUAUGUAUAUAUUAAAUAUGUACCGUGUCGUUCACACAUUAAUGAAUUAAUUUGCUCAUUCCGGGGAAGAACACAAUGUUUCUUUAUUGUGACAUACUGAAUUUUUAUUCCCUCUCAACGCUGCACUUCUUCACGACAUCCACACGAUGGCAACAUUGUUAGAAUAAUAUAUUUUUAUCUUUAUGUAUUUAUUUAUUUUCUAUUUUUAUUAGUUGUAGUAUUUUUAAUUUCAUUUUUAAUUAUUAAACUAUUUUACAAAUACAUUUAGUAAAUCAUGUAAUUCUUUUUCAAGGCAUAUUACGUUAAAACACUACAAUGAUUUCAGUUUAUUAGCUGCAUUUUAGUUCGAUUGUAUUAUCUGUUUAAUGUUACGAAAGCUUCAAAACGUAAGAUCUUACAAACGAAACACAACAAGACAUUCUCAAGUCCAGUUAGUAGGUCAGAACUCCAUUUCCCACAAUUCCCUCCUGCAGCCGCGCCGCGUCACCGGCGUUCGGCGGAGCAUCCCGAGUCUCGAGCGACGAGCAGUACGCGCAAAUGAUGAUUUCUGUCGUUUUCAUUCCAUAUAGGUGAUGGUUACACACCGAAGAGGAAUCGUUCAGUAUGGCCCGUGCCAUGGAAUAUUUCCCAACGGUUGUUCUUUAAGUGAGGCAUGUCAGCUGCUGUUUCAUCCAUCGGGAUUCACGCGCAAAUUGCAGGAAGAUGAAGAAGCAAUUCAACCGAAUGCGACAACUGGCCAACCAGACAGUGGGCAGGGCAGAGAAGACAGAAGUCCUCAGUGAUGAUCUGCUGCAGGUGGAGAAGCGUCUGGAACUAGUUAAGCAGGUGUCUCACAGCACACACAAGAAGCUGACCGCAUGUCUCCAGGGUCAGCAGGGUGUGGACGUGGACAAGCGGUCCGUCAGGUCGCCUUCAAAGAAGCUUCCUCUGACGUCUCUGGCUCAGUGUCUGGUGGAAGGAGCCGCUGUUCUGGGUGAUGAUUGUCUGCUGGGCAAGAUGCUGAAGAUCUGUGGAGAGACGCAAGACAGACUCGCUCAAGAACUUCAGCUCUUCGAACUCCAGAUUGAGCGAGACGUCGUGGAUCCGCUCUACACUCUCUCUGAGGUUGAAAUUCCCAUCAUUCAAAAGCAAAGAAAACAUUUAGCCAAACUGGUACUGGACAUGGAUUCUGCUCGCACACGGUGGCAGCAGUCAUCCAAAUCUUCAACUCUGUCUAAUAAGGAAACGCCAACCGGGGCCAAAGCCGACGCCCUCAGGGAGGAGAUGGAGGAGGCGGCCAAUCGUAUGGAGAUCUGCAGAGAUCAGCUCUCAGCGGACAUGUAUAGUUUCGUGGCCAAAGAAAUUGAUUAUGCAAACUACUUCCAGACGCUGAUCGAGGUUCAGGCGGAGUAUCACAGGAAGUCUUUGGAGUUGCUCCAGAACGUUCUCCCUCAGAUUAAAGCUCAACAGGAGUCGUGGGUGGAGAAGCCGUGCUACGGGAAACCGUUAGAGGAACACCUGACUCUGAGCGGGAGAGAAAUCGCCUUCCCCAUCGAAGCGUGUGUGACGGUGCUGCUGGACUGCGGCCUGCAGGAGGAGGGUUUGUUCCGAGUCGCUCCAUCUGCCUCGAAGCUGAAGAAGCUGAAGGCGUCAUUAGACUGCGGUGUGUUGGACUUUCAGGAAUAUUCUGCAGAUCCGCAUGCGAUUGCAGGUGCUCUGAAAUCAUACCUGCGGGAGCUGCCCGAACCCCUGCUGACCUUUGACCUGUAUGAGGAGUGGAUUCAGGCAUCAAAUAUUGCGGAUCAGGACAAGCGUCUGCAGGCGCUGCUGUCGACCUGUGAGAGGCUGCCCACCGCAAACAGCAACAAUUUCAAGUAUUUGAUUAAAUUUCUUGCCAAGCUGAACGAGUAUCAAGAUUACAAUAAAAUGACACCAGGAAACAUUGCGAUCGUCCUGGGGCCGAACCUGCUGUGGGCGCGUACGGACGGGAACAUUACAGAGAUGAUGACCACAGUCUCGCUGCAGAUAGUUGGGAUCAUUGAGCCGAUCAUCCAGCAUGCUGAUUGGUUCUUCCCUGGAGAGAUCGAGUUUAAUGUCACGGGCAACUACGGCAGCCCCGUCCACACCAAUCACAACGCCAACUACAGCUCCAUGCCGUCCCCUGACAUGGACCAAUCAGAGCGCAGGCAGUCGGACCAGAGCAGACGACCCCUCAGCGUCGCCACUGACAACAUGAUGCUGGAGUUCUACAAGAAAGAUGGCAUUAGGAAAAUUCAAAGUAUGGGAGUGCGAGUGAUGGACACUUCCUGGGUGUCUCGGAGAGGUUCCUCGUCAUCCCGUAAGAGCUCGUCGACUCCUCCCAGCGUCCAGCCGCCCAUGCCGCCCUCUGAUUCGCUGAACCCCGAGCAAGUGGGUGAUCUCUCCACCUCCCCCUCACAGACUCCGCCCCCCAUCAGUAGCGAUAGGACCAGCUCUGACGAGGCGUCGUCCAAUUGGCCGGACUCCUGUCUCGUCUGCCCCUCCCCUGAGGAGGAGAGGCCGCCCCCUCCAUACCCGUUCCCCUCCUCCUCUUCCUCUUCUUCCUCCUUCUCCUCGUUCUCUCUCCCUCACCCUCGAGCACAGCCCUGUGGGCGUCCCGUCGCUCCCGGUCCCGAGUCCGUUCCUCCCCCGAUGUUCACCCGCUGGUCCGUGUACAGCCCGCCUCCACUCCUCCUGUCGUCCACCUCUCUGGACAUCAACUCUAACCCCAAACCCAGUUUCCUGCACCUGCCCAAACAGGGCUCGCUGCCCGCCGAACCCUCCCUCCCGCACGCGACCCCUCCGCCCGUGUACAUCAAACCCCCGCUCGUUCUGCCCCGUCACGACCCCUGCCAUCCUAACUUUAGCCCUCAUUCUGCUCCGCCGCCAUGGGCCGCCUGCGCCUGUAAUCGAGAGAGAGGACUCAGAGUGCCUAGCACUCAGAAGAAUAAGGAGCCUUCACCUGUGAUUGGUCAAAGAGGAAUUUCACCAACAGCUCCCUCUGGUGGACAGAACCAGCUAUCAGACCAGAGUCCUCACACACUGCGGAAAGUAUCCAAAAAACUGGCCCCCAUCCCUCCCAAGAGUCAGUUUUCUCCAUCCGGCUGCGUGUCGGAUCUGUCUCCGGGUCCGUCUCCAGUGAGUCUGUCUCCGACCCCUCCCAGCACCCCGUCAUUAUACAGCUUCAGUUACCCGCAGGGCGGCUCCGCCCUCACCUCGCCCGGACACAGCCACAGCCAGACGGCCACCACGCCCUCGCUCUCGUCCCCGCCGCCGCUGACCGGCACCCUGCCCAAAUCACGGCCCACCCCCAAACCGCCCCGCCAGAGACCCAACCUGCCCCCGCCGCAGCCUCCCGGUCCGGGCGGUCUGAGUCCGCAGCCCCUGGAACACGCGGCGGGCCUGCUGGACGGACUGUCAGCGGCGGAGAGCAUGUCUACAGACUCGUCAUGUGAUUUGGACAUUCCCAUAAUAAGCGCUGAACUGGACGGGAGAUCUAGCGGCCCCUACAGGAACUCUGUGUCUCUGCUGGAUUCGGAGGAGGAGUCGGAGAGCACCGCCCUUUGACCCUAGGAUUCCCCACAAUCCUCUACUCCUUCCCCUCACCGCACAAAUGAGUUUGUAUAGUACAUCUCCUGUGAUCCGCAGCUCCACAUUAACCUGCUGUCGCACUGGAUCUGAACAGACGUCAGGACAUCGAUACGCCAGGCUGAUCCGUCUUGUUUGUUUUUUUAUGUUUUUUGUUUUCUAUUUGCCUUAUCUGAGUUCUUUCACUUUUGCCUUGAAGUUCGUUUGAGUCGCUGCUGGGUGUAAAAAGUCAGAAGUCAGUCGAAUCUCUCUGAUUCAACUCGUACUGAAACCAUGAGGAGGUCCGUCCACAUGAUUAUAGAGGUUUCAACAUGCCCUCGCUGUGGUUUGUUCCCGGAUUUAAAUUGACGCGAGUGAGAUUGUCUGUUAGAGGCCGUUCACAGACGAUGGAUCAGAAUUUACAAAAGUUUGGGGUCGGUAAGAUUUAAAGUUUUUGAAAGAGUCUCUUCUGCUCUCCAAAGCUGCAUUUAUUUGAUCAAAAAAUACAGUAAAAAUAGUGAAAUAUUAUUACAAUUGAAAACAGCUGUUUUCUAUGUGAAUAUAUAGUAAAGUGUAAUUUAUUCCUGUGAUCAAAGCUGAAUUUUCAGCAUCAUUACUCCAGUCUUCAGUGUCACAUGAUCCUUCAGAAAUCACUCUAAUAUGAUGAUUUGCUGCUCAAGAAACAUUUAUUAUCAAUAGAAAUCUUUUAUUACAUUAUAAAUGUCUUUACUGUCAAUUUUAAUGCAUCCUUGCUGAAUAAAAGUAGUAAUUUCUUUUCUUUUUUUUAAUCUUACUGGCCUCAAACUUUUGAACGGUUGUGAAUUUUUUAAGGUGCCAUGUCAGGAUAAAAAGAGUAAAAUGUUCAACAAACGCGCACCGAGAUCCUGCAUUCAGCUUCGUAUGUAAUGAUAACAAUCCUUAUUGAAUAAUUAAAGAUAAUAUAUAAAGAAAAUAUCAAAUAAAAACAGAUACAUCUUUAUGUUAACUGAGCAGAAAACAGCGUGGGCAGUUUCUGAAUGUGUUCAUCAUUAUUUCCUCCCGGAUGUUUUGGGAUCAGGAUUCUCACUCCUUAUGACCAAUGAAUCCAUGAUUUUUCCAGUCAUUCAUAAUUGCCGUAAAACAAUUUUUAAAAUCAAAAUCAUUUAAAUAUUUUAGAGCUGAGCAUAAAAUAUUCACUUUACUUUUUAAGAAUAAUUUCCAUUAAUUUUCCAAACCUGGAAAUCACAUUUUAACCCUUUGAUGCAAAAAAAGAGUAUAUUUUAAGGUUUAUUUCUAGUUCUAAACAAGAAUAUAUUAACUCCACACCAACAAAUAGAGUAUUUUAUACAUUGGACCACUGCAAUAAAACACAGAAGCAGAUCUUGUAGAAAUACCUGGUGGGGUAAAAGGUCAUCAUCUAUCCCUCCCUGAAUAAUCAAAAUAUCUGUCAUGCAUCCGAGGGUUAAAAUUCCCUGAUAUUUCCAGGUUUUCCAUGACUUUGUGAGCCCUGUACUGACCGAGCGAAGGCUGUUGAUGUCUGGCGUCAGUCGUGUUAUAAAUGAUCACAAACUCUGCUGUAAGUAUUAGCAUGUUUGAAUGCUGUUCACCUCCGCUGCAAACACGUGUACAUAAUCUAUAGAAUCAAAGGUCAAAUAUUUAUGAAUCUCUUUCUCUCGCUAUAUAAAUAUAUAUAUACAGACUAUAUAUUAUUUUUGCUUCAGACACAAUGCUGGCACGUGUACAUACACUAAUAAUAUGAGUCGCCGCGGUUCCUGUGAAGGUCUCUGGGAACAGGAAGAAUCAUUCAGACGCACGAAUGAACUGAAGCGUGUGAGAACAGGAUUGCGACAGAGAUUAAACCGAAGUCACAAGUUUACCUCGUACGGGAUGGUUGUUGUGUGCAUGAUGAGCGUUCUGAUUUAAAACCAGUGCAUCGUCUGUGCUUUAAAGUCAACGUGAAACGCUGUUCGCACUCCAUUUGACCUCCCUAACGUGAUGUUCUGAAUGAAACAGGAUGUUCAAUGAGAAAUGUAUUAUAUGAAAAGUAAAUAAGGUUAGUGUGUCAUGUUGACUUUAAAAACCUUUUCAUGUGAGCCCAGCUAACAGGGAACGUUCUCAGAAUGUUCUGGCAAGGUUCUCUGAACAAACGUUCCUCCAGGAACAUUAAUAGAACGUUCGUUUAAAGUUAUCUGGUCUUUAAUAAUGUUCUCAAAUUUUUAAAUGUUUCAGAACAUUCCGAGAACAUUCAAAAGUAACGUUCCUGUAAUGUUUGCAAAACGGAAUGUUCCCUUAACGUUCGCAUAACCAAGAUAAAACGUUUUUAAAAUGUUCAGAGAAUAUUCAGUUUUUAGAACGCAAUGGGAACGUUAGCAAAAUGUAUUUUUGUUAGCUGGGAGUUUCUGAUGUGUGUGUGUGUGUGUGUGUGUGUGUUGGAUAAUUUAUCAUCAGUCUGGAUUUUUUCACCUCGAUUCUGAGCUUCUGUUUGACCAUCUUAAACAAAAUUUGACUUCAGGUGACUAUUCCAGAAGUAUAUUAGUAGAUCAGGGAAACGGUGUAGAACUAGAGUCUCCAUAUUCCUCAUUUUUCUUAUGUAUUUUUACAGCUAAAUGCUCUGAUUUUAUUUUCCUAAUGGAUGAGAGCAGGACCGCAGAACUUCGGAGUUCGCUGGUGAAGAACUUUCACGUUUGUGGAUCUGAAAGUGCUCGUGUUUUCUGUAGAGACAUUUUCAUACGGUGGUUUUGUAGCUCUGUUGGCUGAAGCCCACUUUUAUACUGGGGUUUUGUCGGCACAAGCCUAUUAAAAGAAGGUCAAACUGACUUUUUAAGUGUUUAAGCAGGUAUAAGGCAGCGUUUUCUGCAGCAGACGGGAUCUGAGGGCUGGAUUUAACCCUCUGGUCCUCUUCGUUUAGGGGUCACACUUGACUCCUUUGUGGUCAAAAGUGCAAAAAAAAAAAAAAAUUUUGUUCAAUAAUAUUUUUUCUGAUUAUUAUUUACAAUGUUUAAGGGUAUUUUAUGAUACUAUGCAAUAUUUAUAAAAUUUUUAUUAGCUAUUUUUCCCCAUUAAAAAUAAACAAUUUUUUUCCAAUAUAUUUUUCAAUUAAAGCAGAAUUUCAGGUAUUUAAAAUCAAUUAAAGUCCAACACUUAUUUUUAUUAAGUUGUGAAUUUGAUUUAUGUACUUAGACAUUCUCAAAGACUACUUUUUGUCAAGGUUUAGAUUUUUUUUUGUUUUGAAAUGUUGAAGUGUCAGUUUUUGCAUUUUUACUGCAGUCAAACCUGAACACAGAGGAGGACAUUUUGUUACACAUAACAUCAAAAUUCAAUAUAAAUGUAACAAAAAUGAACAGGAAUGUUGUAUCACAGCUUAAUAAAUCUGGUUCUGAUCUGAUUUGAACCUUUUAUUUUGUCUAUUUUGCACUCUUGACAUUUUAGAGUGUCACUUUUUUCUGCACAGUGGAUGAAUAGUAGUUUGUACCACCAAAAGUUUCUCUGAGUUUUCGUAUUUUUUCAUAUUUCCCAUUUAUUUUUGUGUUCACAUAGCUAAUGCAUCAAGUCACCAAGUGUCAUCCUAUUCCGAUGAAGCAAAAAAAUUAUUUAAAAUUUAACUUUUUUCAGUCAUUUUUGACCAAAGAGGACCAAAGGGUUAAAUACGCCAGUGUGUUCAUUCUGACCUGAUACUGGUAGUUAAAAUCAUAAGUAGCCUAAAUAUUUACCAAACGCAUGUGCAGCUUGAAUGGUGUUCAACCUCUGUGGAAAAUCACUCCUGCGUGUUUGAGGAGAUAAAAAGGGUCAAUCUGGAUUUUUGUAAAGAUGCUCUGAUGUCUUAACUUGAUGUUUGUAAAUCUGCCGCAUGCUUUGCAUUCAUUCACCCACAAUGUAUCUCAGUUUUAAACACUUUUUAUACAUGCCAUUUUAGCUUUUUGUCAAAAAAGGAGAACAGAUACUCCAACCAGCUCCUCAAAAAAACGAUCUACCGCUCAAGCUUCAGUUCGCAUGCAACAUCCUUCAAGCAACAAGUGACCUGAAGUCACGCAUGUUCACUGAGAGUUGAAAAUGACUGACUUCCGGUUACUUUUGCAGUGUGAAAGUGUGGCUGAACUCAGCGCUGUGGUGUUACGGCCGUCACUCACAAACUCUUUCCUCACUGUCUCAUGUAUAUCUGAUCAGAAUCACUUAGCAGAUUAGUUAAUGUCUCAGUAACCGGGCGAACAGCGUGUGUUUAUCAGUGCUGGAGUUUGUAAUGAAGCAUGCUCUGUCACCAUCACGCGUUCAGUCCCGAUUCUUAUUUAUUUACCUUUCCUGAUGUGUGUUUCAUGCUUGAUUUACACUUGAACAAACGGGGGCCAAAUAAACGGAGCGUCAUUUACUCAGAGAACGAUUUUUUUUUUUUUUUUUUUUUAACAUUUUGUUGCUUUUGUUUUUUUAUGAAGAGGCCCUGUGUGUCAAAAUGUGUGAUUCAAAUGGAAAACUGGAAUAAUUUGAGACGGGGUGUUGAAAGUCUCAUGACGCUUCAAGAACAACAUCCUUCAUCAGAAUGUGAGCUCAAUAAUAAAAUCAAUCAUUUUUAA